UCUUUCCUGUUUCUUCCAACCAAGAUUGCACUUUUGCUCUUUCUCUUUCUCCACUGUCCUGUCUGUCAGGCAGAAGCUGCAGGCUUAAAUAAACUUCCUCACACACACUCCACUGUUCUCUUCUCUUCUGUGUCCAUUUCCGAAUUGUAAGUCCCCAACUUUUUAUAAUUUUUUUUCUUUUACCCCAUCACUUGCAACUCAUAAUGGUCCAUUUCUCAGUCCUCUACCACUCACACUCCCUCAGGCACCACACCACUUUCUAGUUUCCUUCCACCCUCUUGUCAUUAACUUCUUCUGUCUCAAGGCUUUAGUAGCCAAAGAAGAAAAAAAAGUUUUCAGUUUUCUUUCCAUGAACGAAGCCCAAAUUGAAAUUACCAUUCCUCACUUGUUCAGAUGCCCCAUCAGCUUGGACUUGUUCGAAGAUCCAGUGACUUUGUGCACAGGCCAAACCUAUGACAGAUCAAGCAUAGAGAAAUGGUUUUCCGCCGGAAAUCUCACAUGCCCUGUCACAAUGCAGAAGCUUCAUGAUCCAUCCAUUGUUCCCAACCACACUCUUCGCCACUUGAUCAACCAGUGGCUCCAAUUGGGUCCACAAUUUGGUAACUCUGCCUCUAUUGAUUAUUUAGCUGCAUUAAAACACACCCUUGAGUCACCCCAAUUAGAAAACAAGCUCCAAGCACUUGAGAAAAUUAGAGUCCUCUCUGAUGAGUAUUGCUCCUUCAGAAAAUCUUGCUUCCACCAACUAAACUUCUUGCCACUACUUUUGGAACUAGUUUUUGGUACUCAGCUAUCAAAAAGUCACAACAUGGAGUUCACCGAGCUAGCACUUUCUUGCAUUCUAAAGUUGUUGCCUCUUGUGAGUUUGGAGCCUCUAAAUAUGAUCAAAGAUGAAUCUAAGUUAGCAACUUUUUUGCUACUAUUUGAAAAAGGAACUAGCUCGGUUAAGACUAGUCUUUGCCAUCUCAUAGAUUCAACAGCAUCUCCACAAACAGAAGAGGUAUGUCACAUGCUUGGACACUCUCACAAACUAGUGCAUGAGAUUGUUGUACUUGUUCGCCAAAACUGUGAGGUUUCCAAGGUUGUUGCAAUUAAGGCCAUGUUAGCAUUAUGUUCCUUGCAAUCUAACAGAGAGAAUUUGGUGAGGGAAGGAGCAAUUGAUGGGGCCAUAACAUACAUUUCAGGUUGUGAAACAAGGCAGAAGAACGCGGCUCCAUUGGCGAUGGCGAUAAUAAAGAAGCUUUUGGUGCUGGAUAGUGCUAAAGAGGCUUUGGUGAAUCAUCCUAAUGGGGUUGAGACUCUGGUGAAGAUGGUUUUCAGGGUGUGUAAUCAAGAGUGUAGUGAGAGUGCUGUUGGGAUACUUGCAAUUGUUUGUUGUGACUUUGGGCGUGCAAGAGAGGAAGCAAUUGGAGCUGGAGUUUUGACUCAGUUGCUGUUUCUUCUGCAGAGUCAGUGUGGCACCAAAACUAAAACAAAGGCAAGAAUGCUGCUCAAGUUGCUAAGAUCCAAGUGGAUUGAGGAACCAAAACAGGUGUAGAUUGAGAAAUGUGAAUAAUAAAUGUUGAUAUGCAGUAUUUGUACCCAUAUACUUUGUAAGCUUUGAAUAUCAUAUCAUAUCUUAAGGAAAUUUAAAACAAAGUUUUUGGCCUCA